UCCAUUUUCCCUUGCUUUUGCCACCUUCCUACUAGCUAGUUAGCUCGAUAAAAACCCCAGCUCUCUUUUCUUUCUCUCCCUCUUUUUUCUCCACCCUUUGAGAGAAAAAUAAAAGCAUUUCAGGCAUUCAUUAGAUAUACAUAAUAGUAUGAUCUCAAGGUUCCUUCGCUAGUUAAGCUUGCAAAGGAGUGGUGCUCCAUGUGCAUUGGAAUGAUAUAGAGCUUUAAUAAUAAUUUUACAACUAAAAGCCACCACCCCCUCUCCUUCUUCUCUUUGUCUUGUAAUUUUCAAGCUGUAGCUAUAUAAGAAGCUUUGGAGAAUAGUUUUAGUCCCUCUUCCUCCUUGCUCUUUUUCUACCAUUUCCAAUGGGUGAAGAAGCUAAACAGGCAGAAGCUAAGGCAGCUGAAGCGCCUAAGCAAGAAGAGAAACCGGCCACCGAACAUAAAGAGGAGAAACAAGAGGAGAAGAAAGAAGAGGUGAAGCCCUCACCUCCUCCUCCUAUUGUUCUCUUCGUUGAUUUGCACUGUGUUGGUUGCGCAAAGAAGAUUGAGAAAUCCAUUCUCAAGUGCAGAGGAGUUGAAGAGGUGAAGAUGAACAUAGAAAAGAAUGAGGUGACAGUAAAAGGAAUAGUGGAUCCACAGGCUUUGUGUUCGCACAUUCAAAAGAAAACAUUAAGAAAUGCCAAAGUCCUCUCCCCACUGCCCCCAGCAGAUGCUGCUGCUGACUCCACCAAAGCAGAACCACCACCGCCUCAGGAAAGUGGGAUCGUUACAGUGGAGCUGUUUGUUAACAUGCACUGCGAUGCCUGUGCUCAACAACUAAGGAAAAAGAUAAUGAAGAUGAGAGGUAAUUAA